AUGCAACUGAGUGCCUUCGACUACCUGCGUCGUGCACUGGAGGCCUUGCUCAGUGGUGCUUCACUGGCGCUAGAGGUCUGUCCAAAGCAUCCCAGGUCAGAGUUCAAUUGCAACAUGAAGUUCUCCCCGCUCACAGCGACCGUCUCCGCUGUGGACAUCGUCCAGGAUGCCGUCAAUGGCGUUUUGGUGAAGCUCAAAGCGGCCUUGCCGGCGCCCAGUGGGCAGGACGCCAGCAUGCCCUUGCGGCGUUGCCUUGCCGAGCGGGUGGAGGAUGCCGAGGAUCGCUUGCCGCAGGCCUCCUCUCUCUUAGUGGUGGCAUCAGUGCCACUGCUUUCCUUGGACUUCUGUGGGCGACUCUUCAACGUCACGGCGCGAGAGCUCCUGUCAGUGGUGCCGUAUACUGGGGACCUGCCCUUCACUUCUCCAACGGAGCUGUUUGCCGCGAGCGGAGAGCAGCGCCACGUCUACCUGGAUGUGGGCAAGGGCCUGUCCUUUGUCGGCCCCUUCGCCAGCUAUGUGUCCAGAAGCAGCAGCGACACAGUGACCUUCACAGCCGGAGACCAGGUGAUUCAGCUUCAGGCAGUUCAAGAGAUGACCUUGCGGGCGGCGAAGGCAUUGCCUCAGGAGAACCAAUGCAGCUCUGCACAAAAACUGGAGAUCUCCUUUGCUCAUCGAACGCAGGCUGGCGAGAAUCCCUGCGGUUACGCUUACUGCAGUGAAAGCUGCCCACUGGGAUGCAAGAGGCUCUAUUCGUGUGACUACGGCUUUUGUGAAAUGGCAUCCCCGGGCUUCUGGGGAGAUGGCGAGACCCACCAGGCUUGCGACCUUGUCACCGGCAACUACUACUUUUAUGCCUGGCAAUGGCCGAACAGCAGCUGUCCAUUUCUGUGUGAGGAGGCAGAUGACCGUCCUGUGGGUCGAUCGUGCCAGAGUGAAGUGGGCUACUGGUCACCGGUCUGCAAUAAUACUUGGCACGCCUGCGACCUUCCCACCGGCAUUUCAGCCUCGCAGUUUAGCUCCGUGGCCAACUUCACCACCACGGGCCGCGGCGCGGCCGACGGCUGCGAGAUCACCUUGGCCUUCGUGGCGGCCAAGCCACCGGCGCAGAGCUUUGCGGUUGCAGCGCUGGCCCCACCAUUCACAGUGGAAGCCUUUGUGAACAUGACCUUGGAUGCAAUUCCAACAGGAGAAUCCAGUGUCAGCAGCAUGGCUGUUCUGUUUGGCAGCUUUCCCUCCUGGUACUUGGCUCUCCGGCGCGUUAGUGCAGGACAAGCGCAGCUGGUCUUCUACCACAGUCGACUGACCUUGGCCUCUCACAUCAGCGCAGAGGACAGCACCAUCUCCUCCAGCUCCUUCUCCUGGGACAACGCCCGUGAGCCCUGGCGGCAUGUAGCGGUCACCGUGACGCAGAAUGUGGCCUUCCGGCACAACAUCUUCUUCUACGUGGACGGCACCUUCAUUUCCUCGGGCUAUCGCAGUGUGGCCGCCAUGGACAUUUUGGAAGCGCCCUACAUCAUCCCUGAGCAUCGGGACGUCUUCCAUGUAGGGCCGGUGAACAUGAAACGUUUCCCUGAAGUCUUGAGCUCUGGGCGACCCUACUACGACCUGGCGAUGUACACCGCCCAAUUGGACGAAGUGCGAGUGCAUCAGGAAGCGCUGGACACCCUGACCUUGGGCUUCCAAAUCACCGAGCUUCGGCGCCUGGCGGCCUGCAACACGCCCUACGAGCAGCGAGACGGCUCGGCGUGUCAUGCGCGGCCCAGGCUCACGCCGCCGAACACCACGCUGGAGCAGACGCAAUGUCGGGCUGGAUAUGAGCAGUGCCACCAAAUGCCGGGCAUUUGCAUGGAGGAGUGCACAGGCAACUUGCUGCGACAAGAAGAUUGUUCCUGCGACUGUGCUCCCAGCUACUUCCAGACCUGGCUGAUAAGUGCGGUGCAUCUCACUGGCUCGGGCGACGUGAAGAACGCCACGGUCUACGACGCAGAUCAUCACAUCCUGGGGCAGCUGGGCUACGUCACGCUGCCCCGGAGGAUCGCCUUGGCGGAAGCGGCGCAGGUUGCAGUGGUCGAGGUUUGGGGCGGCGCCUCAGCGACCAGUGUCUCUUUGGAGGUGGAGACUCCGGCUCCUGAGAGCUUGCGCCUGGCGGUGCCGGAUCUACGACUUGUCUUGCUACUCCAGGCUGACCGCCCCGCCUUGUUGCAUCACCGCUUAGCUCUCGACUACGACGACCCCACGCUCUCCUGCGCACGAUGCCCGGGGGAGGCCCCACGCUCCGUGUUGCCACGGAGUGAUACGAUGAGUUGCCGAUGUGCCUCUGGCUAUGGCGCAAACCUCUUGGGCAAGUGCGUACCUGCCGGUGGACCGUUGCAGGCACCGGUCAUCAGCCUAGCGAAUGGGACAUACCACACGGCCGGAACACGUGUACGCAUGUCCUUCCCGCCCCAGGAUGUGGAGGGGCCUUGGUUGUUGGCCAUCCGCUAUGAGUACGGAAGCCUCCCCGAUGCGCCGAAUUGCGAUACAUCACCGAAGUACGAGGAGUUGCAGGGUGAUGUGCCUGGCCUCGACAUCAUUAGGCGUCAAGAGUCAGUGAAGCUCCGCGCGGUUCUUUGUCAUCCGUUGCACCAGAUCUCCUUGGAAAGUGUGGUGGAGUUGCACGGCAAUGACCACAUGAACCCACCACGAUGUGUAGCUUCUGGGAACCUCUCCACGGAGACGACCUAUGCCUUGCAGGUUCAGGUCGAGUUGCUCGUUGAUCAGCAGCCAGAUGCCAGCAUUUUCUAUGAGCUCGAGGGGUCCAGCAGCCCAGUGACCUACACGGCGCCUUUCGUGCUCACCACGCCGGGCUUGGUGACCAUUAGUAGCUGGGCAGAGAAGCCUGGUUUCGACCCGAGUAGCCGCACCAGCUGCAGCUAUUGGAUCGAUGGAGCAGCGCGGUUAACAUUGAGGGCUACCUGGCCAGAGCCCUCGCCUUUGCUGGGCUUUAGCAGUACUGAGGGUGCCUUCUUAGUGGAACGAGACCUCGAGACCUUGGCCUUUCUGCUGGAGGUGCCGGGCGUCACCGACACUUCGUCGCUGCAGCUCCAAUACCGACUCUGGCGUGGCCUUUUGGGCGUUGGAAGCUGGCAAGCCGUGCCCUCUGGAGGUGCCAUGCACCUGAAGCUCUCAGAUCACUUGGAGGCAGCCAACACAACCACUCUGUUGCAGGUGGACUGGCGGUUAAAGGAGCCAGGAUAUGUUUGGACGAAUCCAGGCUACGUGCGGGUGCUGAUCAUCAAGACACGUACCGAGGUGCCGAGCAUCCAUGCGGAACCGCUGGUGCUGUGGCAACUGGGAGAUCACUGGUUUGAGGGUCCCAAGCGCGACGUGGCUAUGAGACAGACCCACACGGUGCAGCUUUUGCAGCCGAACCCGGCUGCACGGGUGCUCUUCUCGAUCCGCUCGGAAGUCGGACAGCCGGAGGUGGGCGAUGGGGCCUUACUGACCAUGAGCCAUGAGAACUUCACCUCCUUGACCUCUGCAGGCGCAAUGCUGGAGCACUUCCGCUCCAGCGUACCCAAUGCGGGUUUACAGCCGGAGGAGAUGCCAAAUGCAUGUGGGGGAACUGCGCUGCAGCUCUUGGCAGUGGAGGUCCCAAAGCUUUGCGAUUACCUGGGGCCCUUUGAGGUCCUGGGCGGCGCCGUGGUCACGGCCUAUGCAAUCGUGGCAGGGCAGCUUGAGAGUCCAGCGGCCACACUGCUUGUGCCCAAAGAACUUGAGCCCAGCGUAGAGGAUCUCACCUUCCGUGCCUUUCCUGAGGUGUCUGGGAACGUGCUGACCAUCACGCCACAGCUCCAGGUGUUGCCAUCAGUGUCAAGUUUUUUGAGCUUUUCGGUGGGUCAACCAGAUGCUGAGCGGCAAAGCUGUGUACUCGCAACUCCCUACAGUUACCUGUCCACUAUCAACAGCAGCAAGUUCAUCAAAGACUGCAGCUGGCUUCCUUACAAUGGCCCUCGAAAGCUCUACUUGGAAACCCUCUUGCAGGAGGCCCCAGCGGCGGCGCUGACGCUGAAUGUGACGAUCCUCACCACUGUGAGGCGUCCAGGGUAUUUGUGGUCAUUCCCUUUGGCGAGCACCGUUCUGUGGCUCCGCGAACGCACGCCCUUGCCCAAAGUGGUCCAGAUCCUGGAGCCUGGCGCGGUGAUGCCCAAAGCCAUGGUGUGGCUUCAGGAGGGCCAGGCAGCAGAGUGCUUCUUCACGUUGCACUAUGAGCCGUUGGAGCUGAGCGAUGUGCCAUCUCCAUUCUUGGUGGAGGUGCCUGCGGUGACCGCCAGCGUCGCCAGCAUCGAGGAAGCCUUUCGUCCCACGGCCUACCGCACGGCGCUCCAUGGGCCUGACAUGUGGAGUAGCGAUGUGGAGCUUUGUGCCUGGCCACACGCCUGUGAGCUGCCGAUGAAUGGCACCCUGCCAGUGCAGCUCAUCACAGUGCCUGCGGGCUAUACCAGGCUUUGCGCUUGGGCACUGUGGCAAGGAUAUCUGGAGUCAACUCCUGCUUGUGAGCUGAUGGGCGCUUCAGGAACCACUGCUGUGGCUGAGCCUUCCUUUGUGCCCAGCCAAGCUGACCUGGAGUCCUUCCAAGAUGAGACCGUGAUCCUUCCAGAAGAGGCAGGCACCGAUGUAACCUUGCGGGCGCAGCUGCUGCGGCCAAGAAGCACAAGCAGUGAUGCGAGCGGGUCCGCACUUCCAAUUGACAGCCGCCGGCUCUCCACAGCCACCUCUAUGCCGCUCUUCUUGCCGCGGACGCACCCGCUGCAGUAUCGCUAUGCGGUGGCCGCCAUGGACGUGAAGCUUUUGAUGCAGCCAGGGAUCACACAAAAUAGUCUCACCGCUACUCUGCAGUUCUCAGCCUGGACGGACUUGGGUCUGGCGGCUCCCACUCCUUUGCUCCAGCUACCCCGACGGUCCAGCUCGGAUCACGUCUUCUUCGUGGUGGACGUGCGGCUGCUCACAGGAGUGAACCGCUGGAGCGCCGAGACUCGAAGCGCCGCGCUGCUGUUGAUAGGCACGGAGUCUUCACCUUCUGUUGUCCACGUGGGCCGCAGCCUCCUGGUGGACACCGCAGCCGGAGGUGGCAAUAGCACUCUAUAUUUUAAAUGGCUUCAGGGCACCAUCACUUCAUCCUUCGGAGCUGAUUUGCUUCAAGCGCAGUCUGAGGUCACUCAUUUGUCGGAGGCCUUUCAAGUGCAUCCAGCAGCAACCCUUCAUGAUGCCAGUGACACCUCCCGAUGUUUGGUCUCGGACUCCAAUGACUUGGUCUCUCAAAAGCAGUUUUGCACCUCUCUGGGACCACUCACCUUGGAUAUUCCCACGAGCCAACGCUGGAGCCUCUGGGUCACGGCAGGCAGUGACGGCCUGGCCGCGGCGGACGCGCGCCUUGUCACGGUGGAGCGCCCCUGCGCCGCGCCGCAGGACGUGGCCUACGCCAGGACGAUCAGCUGCAUGGAGGGUUCGCUGAUUGAGAGUGGCACUGCUUGCAGCACCAUUUGUCAAGAAGGUUACUCGCCAACAGUGGCGCAACUGCAGUGCAGCCAGGGCCAGUUGAGCCCCCCGCAGUUUGCUUGUGCAGAGGACUCGUGCAGUGCCCCACCCAACGUGAAUUACUCAGCCUCCAGCGCCUGUUUGGAGGGCAACGAUGUGGCCCCAGGCGGCGUUUGUACCGCUCAGUGUGAAGCGGGCUACGCCCCCUCGGUGCAGAGCCUGGGCUGUUCAAGAGGCCGGCUGACGCCAAGCAGCUUCAGCUGCCAGGAAGCCUCCUGCCAAGCUCCUGAGGUACUUCAUGCGGCCAGUCCUGCAUGCAGCGGCUUGCCACAGAUCAAGUCCCGUGAGACCUGCACGCCUUUGUGUCAGGAUGGCUACGUUGCAUCGCAAACGCUGCUGCACUGCACUCGUGGCCAAUUAAACCCAGAGACCUUCGUGUGCGAACCAGGUGUGACAGUGGACCCGAGUAUUAUCAUCGCCAGUGUUCCUAGCACCUUGUUGGCAGGCAGCUUAGCGCUCAUGGCGGCCUAUUGCUUCCGCGGGCCAGCCAAAAUCGAAGAGAAAGAAGCCAGCGAUCCAUUGAAGGAAUGGUGGCAAUGUGUGAAAGAAGUCGAGCCGGGACUCUGUGUCUUUUGUGGCAAGGAACCCGAGGAGUUGGAAACCAGGUCGAGCGACUUCCCGACGGAAUUCCGACCCCUGACCACCGCGGAGACGGAGCGGAGACGGAACACCACAGACACAUCCUGGGGAUGUUCCCCAGAUCUCGCUAUUGAAAUACACACCGAAAGGGUUGGUCAAUCGGCUGAAAUACGAGGCUUUAAGAAGGCUUGUAAAGGCUUGGGUUUUGCACGAUUCUGUUGGAUGAUUGUGAAAGGGUAG